AUGACUACUUCCACACAGGACGAGAUUUCCCCAGUACAGAAUCAGGAGCAGAACCACCGCCCUACACGAGCAACGCGCUCAAAGGCUGUUGAGUUUCUGGAAAAACAUGCUAACGAGGAGACUUCCUUUACGUAUGAGGAGGAGAAGGCUGUUCUCCGCCGCAUUGAUAAGCGUGUCCUGCUUCUCCUCCUAUGGGCAUAUUUCUUUCAACAACUGGACAAAAGCACUCUGGGUUAUGUCUCUAUCUUCGGCAUCUCCGAGGAUGCCCACCUAGUCGGCAAGCAAUACUCCUGGCUCGGAUCAAUCCUAUACCUCGCCCAGCUAGUAAUGCAACCGCUCGUGGCCCUGAUUCUCGUCAAACUCCCAAGCGGAAAAGUUCUCGCCAGCGCCAUUUUCCUCUGGGGCUCAGCACUGACAAUCAUGGCGGCCUGCACAAACUUCCCAUCUCUGUUAGGACUGCGCUUCGUCCUCGGAUCAUUCGAAUCCUUCAUUGCCCCAUGCUGUGUCGCUAUAACACAGAUGUGGUGGCGUCGAAGUGAACAAACACUGCGCACAAGUUACUGGAGUGCCAUGAACGGCGUCACGUCAGUCAUUGGCAGUCUCGUUACUUACGGCCUUGGACAUGUCCAUAGUCAUACCCUUUACCGAUACCAGACUAUCUUCAUGUUUUGUGGAUUGUUGACGGUCGUUUAUUCGUUCCUUGUUUUCUGGCUUAUGCCUGAUUCGCCUAUGGAAGCUAAGUGCCUGAGUGACCGAGAGAGGGUUAUUGCUACAGAACGGUUGCGCGCGAAUCAGAUGGGUAUUUCUACUCAGGAAUGGCGGUGGGACCAUGUGAGAGAGGUGGCCCUUGAUCUCAAGACUUGGAUCUGGUUUAUUGCUACGAUUGCUAUCUCGAUUGCAAGUGGUGGAAUCUCGACGUUCGGUUCCCUUAUUGUCAAGUCGUUCGGAUUUACCAGCUUCCAGAGCAUAUUAUUCAACAUUCCUUUCGGUGUAAUUCAGGUUCUCGCUAUCCUGAUUACCGGAUGGCUAGCCACCUUGACUCAACGCAAAGGCCUCGUGAUCGCGGGGGUUAGCGUCUUGCCCACUAUCGGAGCGAUCUUGAUGCUCACAAUCCCGCGGAAACAGAAGGGCGUCCUGCUAUUUGGUUACUAUCUGGUAAGCCCUAAUCGGUCCCAUCAGCCUCCAACAUAUGAAGACCUGUCCCUAACAAGACUAAAAAAGGUUUCCACAAUGUCCUCUAUCACGCCACUGCUAUAUGCAUGGUCAGCACAGAACACCGCAGGUGAAACCAAAAAGAAAUGUACUUCCGGCAUGGUAUUCAUCGCCAUGUGUGCUGGAAAUGUGAUCGGACCGCUCCUCUACUCUACCGAAGAUGCCCCAUUAUACCGAACAGGUCUCAUCGCCAACCUCGCCAUGUUUGUGACAGUAGGAGCUGUCUGCGGGCUCACACCGUUCUACCUUAUGAUCCUUAACAAGAAGCAUGAAAAGCGUCGUCUGGAACUUGGGAAGACAGGGCCUGUAGCUGACAUGUCUAUGCUUGGUAAAGAUCAAUUAAAAAACAGCAAGGCGGUCGAAGUGGAGGAUAUUCGGGAUCAGAAGCUCUCCGUGGAAGAGGAUAAUGGUCUUCAUGAUAUGACGGAUCUGAAGAAUGAGGACUUUGUCUAUGUUUACUAG